AUGUCUCUGAAGAAUGCCGGCUGGGACGUGGUGAACAAUAGAACCGGAGACUUUAAUUUUUGUGUGCCGCUCAGCAUGCUAUUGGGAUUCUGUGAAGAUUAUGAACGCGUGGUGAUUAACGCCCGUCACGAAUUGAUUUUAAUACGAUCGUGCAAUGAUAACAACUGUCUCUUUGGAAAUGCAGCGAUGGAGCCUAAACUUGAAAUAUUCAAGAUACAGUGGCGCAUGCCGCAUGUGUUGUUAAACGAGGCGAACAAACUGCGUGCUUUGGAAAGCGGACAAUACCUCAAUAUGGGAUUUCGUUCAUGGGAUCUGUACGAGUAUCCGCUAUUGCAACAGACGACUAAACAUUCAUGGGCUAUUAAAACGGCUACUCAGCUCGAGAAGCCGCGGUAUCUUAUCUUUGCUCUGCAAACAGGUCGGAAGAAUAUCAUGUCACAGAAUGUGAGCCAAUUCAGUCACUGCAAAUUGAGCAACGUAAAACUCUACCUGAAUUCGGAAUGUUAUCCAUACGAUGAUAUUAAUCUGGAUUUUGAUAAAAACAAAUGGUCGAGUCUGUAUGAUACGUUUUCGCGGUUCCGGAAGAGCUAUUUCGGAAACGAGGUUCUUAUGCCCGGUCUCACUACCGACAAUUUUCUAGAACAAGGACCGUUUGUCAUUAUCGAUUGCUCCUGA